AUGUCUGCCACGUACUUGAGUCGAAAUUUAGGCCCUGCUUUUACGCUCCAAGUCUGGAAUGCAGCAACGGAAGAGCUUCGCUCUGAUGAAACCACUAUGUUGGUCAUGGUAGUCUCUACUCCAGCGAUUACGGUUGGCAACAAAACUACCAAUCAACCUCGCAAGCUCAUUCGCAACCCCACUGGCAACCUCACUCGCAACACCCUCCGCAACAAAGCGCCGCUACCAACGAAGACCGGUUAUCUUUCUUUUGCUGUUCCUGUUCACGAAAAUCCCGAUCUAUUUGUGGUGGGUCUUAAUAAUAAAAUUAUAAUAAUCCGAUGGAAUAGUUCCGAAAAUACAUUUCAUCCUGAUUCGGCCCUAUUAGCAAUUGUGGAUGAAACAAUACCUAGCAACAUAUUGUCUUAUGGAACCGUCGACAAGUUAGGCAGACUAAUGUUUGGGACGAUGAACUUUGAUGGACUGAAAUUGGCAAAUGUGAGCACUUUGAAUUUUGAUCUGGAUUUAAAAACACACAUUAGCGGAUUUGUUUGGUGCAAAGGAAUAGUGGUAGACCCACAAGCUAGUCAGGUCAAAGUGUAUUUGGUCAAUUCUGAGACACAUAACAACCUCAUAGCCUACAAAUAUCACGGCAAAAAUGGAAAAAUUGGGAACAGCAAAGUCGUCUUUGAUUGGUCAAAACAAGAAAUGUCGGGAUUUCCACGCCGUCUGACAAUUGAUAGGGAUGGUAAACUCUGGAUAGCUCUUGAUGGAGGUCACGGAAUCAUUCAAGUCGAUCCGAAUGGGAAACCAAAAAAAAUUAUUCAAUAUGUUGGUUUACCUGCACUUAGCGUCGGCGCAUGCACUUUUGGAGGCCCGAAUUAUGAUAUUUUAUUUGUAUCUACAAUGCCAAUUUUUCACGAAAGUCAUCAUGGACAACAUCCUCAAACAGAUAAAGGUGGUUCAAUUUUCGCUAUCAAGGGCCUUCAUGUGCAGGGGUGGGCUCCAGAAGAAUUCAGGUUGAAUCGAUUCAUUAUCGAUUCAAUUUUUCCAGAAACUCACUGA